CACGGGUGUCAAAAGGAAGAAACACCGAAGUGGAGACGUGGAAAACAGCUGCCCCCGUGGUGCGUGUUUGCGUUGUUAAAAGGAAUUGGUCAAAAAUUCCCGUGUACGCGCCUGUCCAAGCAAAGGAUCGGUGCUGUUCGGAUCUUGUACGAAAGGCGUGCCCAUAAUACAGCCACAGUGUCCACUUAGUGUUGUGCGGGGAUGGCGGAGAAACGACGUGCGAAGAAGCGGAAGGAUGAAUAUAGUGGCCCCGGUGGCGUAGAUCAGGAAAUUGAGAAAGCUUCCAAGGAGCAGUACAAGGUGGCGAAAUGGCUCAAAUCCAACGUACCGACGAAAAAGACGAAAUUUCUCAAUCACAACGUGGAGUAUUUUUCCGCUAUCAAAGCAAUCGAUGCACUGCUUGCGUCAAAGUUUGCCCAGGGUGACAAUUGUCUCUUCCCGCACCGGCAGGCCGUGAUCGAUUUUAUGGCCGAUAUGCUGUAUCACAAGUUUUUCCACCGUGCCCGAAAGGUCCCGGUAAGUGAACAGGAGCUGCGUGGCAAGAGUGGCAAGAAAGCGGUGGAAGCUACACCGGCACCGGCUAAGGAGGGUGGUGGCAAGGCAACGAAGGAGGAACGUGCCACCGAUGCCGAAAGCAGUCAUGCUGAGGGUGGCAGCAAGGUGGUGGAGGUGGCGGAGAAACGAAAGCGUAAGAUCCGUCUCGAGAUGCAUCCGGAGCAGGUGUUUAUCGAUGGGCACGAGGCAUACGUUUGGCUGUACGAUCCGAUUCCGAUGCAUUACUGGAUCUUUGGUGCGUUGCUCGUGGUCGGUGCGAUCGUGAUCUGUCUAUUCCCGCUAUGGCCACCGCUGCUACGGAAGGGUGUGUAUUAUCUGAGUAUAGCGGCGGCCGGUUUUCUGGUAUUUAUUCUCGGAUUGGUCGUGCUGCGGUGCAUAAUCUUCUGUCUGGUGUGGGUCGUUACGGGAGGAAAACAUCACUUCUGGCUGCUGCCAAACCUGACGGAAGAUGUCGGUUUCUUUGCCUCAUUCUGGCCUCUGUAUAAUCACGAAUACAAAGAUGGCCAGAAUGGCACCGAUAAAGGUAGCAAGAAAACGAAAAAACGAAAACGCGACAAAGACAGUGGCGGCGAAGAGGACAGUACCACUGGUGGCAAUAUUCCACCGACGAUCGACGAGGUAAAGGAGCGUGACACUGAAAUGGAAAGCGUUAAAAAGCCACUAACGCCAACCGGCGAAGGAUUACGACAACGUGGUACUAAACAGCCGGCACAAGAAUCUAAACCGGUCACGAUUGCGGAAUCGAUCGACGAGGAGCAAAAUUCCGGAACACCGUCGGAAAGCGAUUCGGAAGGUUCGCAGCGUUCGUCGACGGGGAAGGACUUUGAGAUGGUUGAACCGGACGAGGUGGAUACCUCGUAAGAGGCAAACAUAGUCGUUUCAUAUCACCCUAUAAUCUACCCACAACCGUACUAUAAGCUGAACUGAAUCGGAUAACAGGAAACAGAACCGAAAUCCACAAACAUCCAAACUGGCACACGUACAAACCCCGACCACCAUCACCAAUCUCACUCAGCCCAUCAUGUACUUUCCAUGUUUUCAACCCUACCAGAGCGAUCAUAAGAGCAUGUUUGACCAUAUUCAACCCUAUUGCUGCUACCGAACUUUACCGAAUCCAUGUAAUGUGUGUGCCAUCUGCCGAAUCACGAACAUGGCGUUGCCUUGAACGCCCGUUUUACAGGCACAUAGCGAUGGCAAUACGUACAAUCUCAUCCGCAUACUUUCAGUCGUUUCGGAACCGAUCGUAACCGAUCUGUGACGGUGUUUUAUUGCAGGACUUUUGAUUAUAAUUGUUUUAAAAUUUUGCUCAUCAGCAUUUGUGAGGCGUUGGGACGCGAUGGAUUGCGUAGAAACGUGGAAGUGUAAAUGUAGUAAUUAAUUGCAUUGAUAAAGAACAUGGCGAACAUGAACACCGCGAACAAUGGAACACGAUGUUUAUAAACUAUGAAAGCAACACCUGUUCUGUGGCAAUCAAAACAAAAAUGAAUCAAAUGUGGAAACAAAUUAAUUAACAAAAAAAAAAUUAUAUUGUGUCCCAAUCUUCUUGGUGGUUUACUUCCGAUCUUUUUGCGGCUAGACACGCGGAAUCUUUCUCUCGCUCUGUUAUCAGUACGCUAGCGUGAUGCGUCCGUUAUCUAUUCAUUUCCGUGAUUUAGCAUCAGAAUGAAGCGUUCUGUUAGUUUUUGGCUAUUUUUUGUUUUGUUUCGGACAAUAUAAUGAAACAUUGGCAGAAACCGUACAAUAAAAAGACAAACAAAAAGAAAAGCUCAUGAGAACCAAAAAUCUCGUACCGGUGUGCGGUCUUUGAAGCAUGACGGGUCCACAUCAGUAGUGGGAAAUCUGUGAAGUCGAACGAACCUCGAACCGUUCCGGGUGGACUUGCGUUUUGUGUGUGUGUGAUGUUUCGGAACUGAAGCAUGUACCUUUUUGUAUGGUAGAUGUUUCGGGUGUUUGCCGUGGCGUAACCAGUCGGCUGUUCUGUGUGAAGAUCGCUCCUUUCAUCUUAUCCCAUCCCUUUCAGCACAAUUCAUUGUGUCCGAUUAGUGCGGUUCGUUUGUCGAUAGAGGACAUGUGGUACCCAGUGCAAACAUGCCGCAUACAUAACUAGACUGGUGGGAAGGUUUAAAGCUAGAGAUGGUUGGCAAAAUCCGGUACUAUGGUAUUUUACGGUGAAGUGAAAUGUAACGUUUGUAGAAGAAAAAAAGGGAUACAUAAAUCAAAACAUGCAUCAUCGCUAGGUGUGUAAACGAUGAUAGUACGUAGAAACACAGAGAGAGAGAUAGAGAGAUGGAGAACAAACAAAUAAGAAUGUUUUUGUAGUGUGUGCAACAGUUAGGUAAGGUUAUAUUAUUCAAUAAACUUUAUGGUAUGAAAAAU